UGCGGUUGCUUUGGUGCACACAGCAAACGAGCGUCAAGCUGCAGAGGAAUCCGACUGAUAUCAGCAAGUUCCCAACCAGAUUGAAUUCUGCCUUGAAGGAAAAGGAAAGAAAAUUAAAAACAUCAAAGCAAAGCGGGUGUUUUGUGCGCGUCCCUGCUUUGACGGGAAUUUUUUAGGUCGUGCUUCUUCCUCCUCUUCCUGGGCUCCACCAUUUGCAGCAAUUUGGAGCAGGCCAGCGACAACGCAUCGCAUCAACGUCCGCCCUUCCUGCCACCAACCAUCCUGGCCCUGCCUCUUGCGCCGCCACACCAUCACUACCACCACCGUCCUUGCGCAAACUUCGCUCCCACCACCAGCAGUCGCGCGCCGCCACCAACCUUCCUCGCACGCAAUCGCCUCCCCCUCUCGCUAAAACCCUCGUGGCCGGCAAGCGCGCCAUCGCCAGAGCAACUCCUGUCGACCUGGGCCACCACCCCAGCCCCGAUUUAGCACUCGACCCUUCCUCCCGACGACCACCACCACUGCCGCAAGCCACAACCCACGAGUGCGCCUGCCCGCUCCGACGACGUUGACGUCCCGUCUCCCGCCCGCCUCUUUUUUCGCUGCCAGCCAUGGCAUCUCACCCACCCAGACACCCGGGCUACGGCAACAACCAGGGAUACAUGCCAAACGGUGCUGUCGGCGCCCACUCUGUCGCCGUCCCUCCUGGCGCCACUCCCCUGCUGCCGAACCAGGGUCGCAUCAUCCAGACGGGGCCCAUCCGAGUGCUCUGCAUCGCCGACGUUCGAGGAAACCUACGAUCACUCAACGACCUUGCAAAGCAAGCACGCGCCGACUACAUUGUUCACACGGGAGACUUUGGGUUCUACGACGACAGUUCUCUGGAGCGGAUCGCUGAUAAGACUCUUAAGCACGUGGCUCAGUACUCUCCGCUCAUUCCUGAGCAUGUCAAGAAGCAGAUCCAGACUGGCGGCGGCGGCCCGGUGAAGCAACGGUUUGCCCCACAUGACCUCCCCCUCUCAGAGCUGUCGAUGCUGCUGAAGGGCGACUUCAAGCUCGAUGUUCCCGUCUACACGGUCUGGGGCGCCUGUGAGGAUGUACGGGUACUGGAAAAGUUUCGGUCGAAGGAGUACAAGGUGACCAACCUAUUCAUUAUCGAUGAGGCCCAGUCGAUGCUGCUCGAGAUUGGUGGCGUCAAGCUUCGGCUGCUGGGUUUGGGCGGCGCCGUCGUCAUGCACAAGCUGUUUGACAACGGCGAGGGCAGGACGACCAUUGCUGGCGGCCAGGGUACCAUGUGGACCACGCUGCUGCAGAUGGGUGAGCUUGUCGACACGGCCAACCGCGUUUACGACCCGACCGAGACGCGCGUCUUCGUCACCCACGCCUCCCCCGCUCGUGAGGGAAUUCUCAACCAGCUGUCGGUCACCCUCAAGGCCGACUUUUCCAUCUCGGCCGGCCUGCAUUUCCGCUACGGCAGUUCGUACAACGAGUUCUCGGUGAACCCCACCCUCGACCACUACCGCGGAAAGCUGGCCGCCAGCAAGGCCUCGUUCAACGAUGUGUGGAACACGGUCAAGGAUGAGGUAGAGCCCGCCAUCCAACAGAACGAAGCCCAACAGAACCUGCUUAAGAAUGCGCUCGACAUCGUCGACAAGAUGCCCACUACGGCUGCUGGCGGCAACCCCUUUGGCGGCGCCGUCGGCCCCGCAAACGGCCAGGUCGACGAGAGUGCCUUCAAGAAUAUGUGGAACUUCAACCUCGCCGACGCUGCCUUUGGCUACCUGGUCCUGGAGAUCCAAGACGGCCGCAUUGGCACCGAAAUGAGGGCUCAGGGUUUCAACUUCUCGCACCGUGGCGCGAAGCAGCAGCCCAAUGUGUCUGGCGUCCCCACUGGAACACCGAACGCCCCUGCCGCCGCCGCAAUCCCCUCGCGCCAGCACUCGGCGCAGCCCGAGUCGGCCGUCAAGCCGGCGCCGGCGCCGGCUGCGCACGUCAAGCCGGCGACGCCGCAACCCAGCGCGUCGACACCCGUCCCUACCGAAAGCGAGAAGCCGUCGUCGGGCCCUGGCGCCAACGGCUCUGCGCCGUCGCCAGCGCCCAGGCGGGACACGGACAACAUCGUCGGUCUGUUUGUUAUGAACGCGCAGAGCGACGAGCAGGUGCGUGAUCUCUUCGCCGAGGAAGACCACGCGCGCAUUGUCAAGAUCGAUAAGUGGGGUCACACCAACAAGGUGGUGCACUUCAAGACGACCGAGGAGCGCGACGGCGCCAUGGCGCGUCUGCCCGAGGACGUCAAGGGCCAACGCGCGCACGAGGACCGCAGCAAGCCACUGGUUCGCAUCUUCCAACAGAGGGAGCCCCGUGAGCCUCGCGAGCCUCGUGACCCCAACAAAUCGUUUGGUAGCCGCGGUGGCGCGGGCACCUGGGGCAGCAGCCGCGGCAACAAUGGGCCACAAGGCCCCGGUGGCCCCAACGCUGGCUACCGUAGUGCAGGUGGCGGCACGGCCAGCGACUCGGAGGGUGCGGGCCGGCGAGGCGGCCGUGGCGGUGGCGGCCGUGGUGGCCGCGGCGGAGACCGUGGAGACCGUGGAGACCGUGGAGACCGUGGAGACCGCGGCGAUCGCGGUGACAACCGGGGAGGUGACCGUGGACCCAGGAGCCGUGGGCCGCGCGGCGGCAUGAAGGGUGAGGGCGGCGGCGCCAGCCCCGCGCCCUCGUCUGCGGCACCAGCCGAGUAAUGUUGGGGACUUGAUCAUAUCAGUCGGGCCACGACGCCGGCGAAGAGAAAAAAGCCAGGGAGCAAGCAGUUGUCAUCGACGGUGUUUGUCUCUUUUCUUUUCGCUGUUCGCACUAGCUUACUUGUCUUGCGUUUCUCCUCUCGACGCGGGCGAAGCUCUUGCUUGUGUCUCCCUGGAUCAUAUCCCCUUGUCCUUGGGUCGCCUGCGCUGCAUUGAUCCUCCAACCUUCCCUUUCCCAUCUGGACGGUCUGUGGCUUUCUUUUUGACUUGGGUCUGUUCAUCGGUCUCUUUUUCUCUUGCUUUGUUUUACGCCGCCCUUGUCACAACACCUUUAUCUGGAACCAAGGCAAACCACCCAACAUCCAUUCUGCCUUGGCCGGUCUUAAUUGAAAUUCUUCGUUGUCUAUUUUAAACAUUUUCGCUUUUCUUCAACCUCGCAGGAUUCACACUUUCAGAGCGUGCGAGAGGGAUUACGGGAGUCGGGGGGUUGGGAGAGACAGAAAAGCAAAGACCAAAAAAGCUCCGUCCUUUUGUUUGGUACGAUGGAAGGGUCGGAGGGGAGGAGCGCCUCUGGGACGAUGCAGGAAAACAACAAAUAACAAAAAAAAAAAAAUCAGAUAAUGUAUGGUUCCUCAUUCAGACGCGGGGUCUGAGUUGUGCUCGGGGGCCUUGUGUGAGGAUGUUUGAUGCCUCUUGUAUGCAGCUUGGUGGGUGCCUGCUCCUUUGGCUUUGCUCCCUACCCGAACAAGGGCAGUUCUAAGCUGGUUCACAGCGGAAGGUGAAGCGAUCACCAGUAGUAUAUCUUCGUCACACAGUCGGUUCGCAGCUUGGAAUGCUUGCUGCUUGUUCAGUUAAUGUACAUCUAUCCUGUCUCCAACGAAGACAA